CUCGCUACUCCUCUCAACACUUCCAGGGCCGCCACCACCUACACAGUCUCUCUCUCUCUCCUCUGCUUCGCUUACUUCAUCAACGAUAAGAACCCCCCAAGUCCUUCCCAAUCAGUCAAUUCCCGCAGCACACUUCACUCUCCUCGCCUCUCAUCCCUUGCGGAAACCCAUUUCCCAAAAUUCUAAAUUUUCAAAAUAUUAUCUUGAAAUCCGAUUGAUAUCACAACAACCCAAUUUCCAAAAAUUUUUAAUUUAAUCAGAAAAAUCGAUUUUUUUUGAGAAUUUGAGUUGACUGAGCUGCUUUAAUGGCGUCGUCGGAAGACGUGGGGAGCAUGAUGGAGCCGUGGGCUUUCAGGCCCAACACCUUCGCGGACUCCUGCAUCUCCGACGCCUUCGCUCGUGACACCAAAACCCUCACCAUGGCCCUCCAGAAGUCCAUCUCCAGCAACCCGGAGCUGCUCGAUUUUUCCUCUGACGAUUUGUUCAUGCCGUUUCUCAACACCAUCUUCCAAACACCCGAGACAGCACCCACCCCCACCGUUUCUGGACUUUCCGGCUCGGACGACCUCGAGUCCGUGGCCGCACCGCUGAAAAAGCAGCAGAGAAGCGUGAUUCCGGUGGCGCAUGGCGGUGGUAAGGUUUCGAAACGGAAGUCGCGCGCGUCGAAACGGUCCCAGACGACUUUCAUCACCGCGGACCCGAGCAACUUCCGACAGAUGGUGCAACAGGUGACCGGAGUCAGAUUCGGUAACGGACAGGUCACUAUGCAGUCGGUUCUGAAGCCGGAGCCACACAGACCCGGUAGCCUGUUGCCCGGAGGGGUUGGCGUCUGCAUGCCGACACUCGAUACGUCGGCGUAUCUUUUGGAUCAUCACAAUCAUGAUCAGCAGCUGAUGGGGCCCACUUCGACGAGGAUAGCUACUGGGCCUUGGCAUGGGCCCAACACGACGUUGACCGGGUCUGGCCCAGUGUCUUUUGGCGGGACGGGUGGCGUCGACGUGGCUUCUAGCGGUGGCGUUGCGUCUGGGGGAUUAGGUUUUGACUCGUUUGCGAGCUUUCCCACCUUGGAGUCGUGGAAGGUCAUGUGAGUGUGCGGAGAGAUCCGUUUGACUUUGACGAACCAUCAUGUGACACGUGGGCGGUGAUGUGCACGAUGACGUAUCUCUGUGUCUGUUUUUUUAAUUAAUUUUGGUUAUUAGUGUUUUGUUUUGUUCCCUUAAUUUAAUUUCUUUUGAUUAGCAGUGGAAUUAUGGUGUAUUGACCUUUCAUUAGUCCAGCUUAAUGAAUUAGAGUUUUGUGCA